CACUUUUUUCUUGAUUCUCUGCUUUCUGGCCUUAGAACCAAGGGAAAGAAAGAGAAUAUCCACUUUUUUCCUCUUUGGGGAUAUCCUAUACAACAUAUUCUUUGCUUGAAUAUAAUUCAAUUCCUUUUUUUUGUUCUUCCUUCCCUCAAUUAUCCCAGUCAUGUUCCGUCACUCUCUUAGAGCCGUUGCGCGCACCGCUGCAUCGGCCCGGCCCAUCGCCGCAACCCGGGCUUUCGCCUCCUCCGCCUCGGGUCCCACCUUCAACUGGGAAGACCCUCUUGGAGCAAAGCAUCUUUACACUGAAGAGGAAUUGGCCAUCUCUGAAACCGCUGAGCGCUACUGCCAGGAGCGCAUGUUGCCCCGCGUCCUCCAGGCCUACCGCGAUGAACACUACGACCCCAAGAUCCUCGAAGAGAUGGGCGAGCUUGGCCUGCUCGGCGCCAACAUUGAAGGCUAUGGCUGCGCCGGCGUGUCCAGCAUUGCCAAUGGUCUCAUCACCCGCGCCGUCGAACGCGUAGACAGUGGUUACCGUUCAGGCAUGUCUGUCCAGUCAUCCCUUGUCAUGGGAGGCAUCAACGAGUUCGGUAGCCAAGAACAAAAAGAACGCUUCCUCCCCGAGAUGGCCAAGGGUAAGCUCCUCGGUGCCUUUGGCCUGACUGAGCCCAACCACGGCAGCGAUCCUGGAAGCAUGGAGUGUGUUGCCCGCCCCCACCCUACCAAGACUGGUUACUUCUCCCUGAGCGGAGCCAAGACAUGGAUCACCAACAGCCCUAUCGCUGAUGUCCUCUUGGUUUGGGCUAAGCUUCAAGAGACGGGCAAGAUCCGCGGCUUCCUCGUCGAGCGCAAGGACUGCCCACCCGGUACGCUUGAGACCCCUGCCAUCAAGGAUAAGAACGGUCUCCGUGCUUCCAUCACUGGUAUGAUCCAACUGGAUGACUGCCCUGUCCCCGUCGCCAACAUGUUCCCUGAUAUUGAGGGUCUGCGUGGUCCCUUUGGCUGCCUGAACAACGCCCGAUACGGCAUUGCGUUCGGUGUCAUGGGUGCUCUUGAGGACUGCCUUGACCGUGCACGAACCUACUCUCUGGAGAGAAAGCAGUUCAAGGGCAACCCUCUCGCCCGCUACCAGCUCAUCCAGAAGAAGCUUGCUGAUGCUGCCACUGAUAUUGCCUACGGUACUCUUGCGGCUGUACAGGUUGGCCGUCUCAAGGAUGAGGGCAAGGCCACCCCCGAGAUGAUUAGCAUGAUCAAGAGACAAAACUGCGAUGCCGCGUUGAAGAACGCCCGUAUCCUCCAGGAAAUCUUUGGCGGCAACGCCGUCAGUGAUGAGUACGGCAUUGGCCGUCACGUUGCCAACCUGUUUGUCACCCAGACCUACGAAGGCCAGAGCGAUAUCCACAGCCUGAUCCUUGGUCGCGCCAUCACUGGUGUCCAAGCCUUUGUCUAAACGGAUCUUGUGUUCUAGUCACACGGCAUGCUACAGGCUGUUUGCACGGAAAGCAGUUUGUCACAAGUCAAAACAGUUAAUAAGCCUGGCGAAUGGCUGUAAUAAGUUUAUAGAAAAGCGUAUAACCAUGAAUUAAAAGUUAAUGAGGCCAGCUUUGGGACGAUAUCCAGAGUCGUUAUGGUAACAAUCUCGUGAACCGUGAACGAUAGGCUGGUGAUGCCACAUUUGCCACCAUACCCAUGUUAAGUUUAAGCGUGGAAGAGAGUCUUUUCACUCUAGACCCUAUGCUAUUCAGAUUGAGUGGCAUACCGCCAAAACGCUGUCUACGAGUAGAUGCAAUAUGUUACUAGUAUAUCCCAUGCAAGACAGUCCCACUCCUGCGAUAUCGGCAGAAAAGGCCCAAAGAAAAGCGG